CAAAUACCCAGUGAUCCAUUCGGAUGAGGAGCGGGACCAGUACCGAGCUGUGUUCAAUGACCAGUACGCAGAAUAUAAAGAACUCCACUCAGAAGUGCAGGCCACCCUAAAAAAGUUUGAUGAGAUGGACGCCAUAAUGUGUAGUCUGCCGCGGAACCCUACCACCCAAACGGAGGUGGAGCGCAUCAACAGAAUCGUGCAGGAGUACCAGAAGAAGAAAAAUGAUGCAACUUUCCUGGAGAAGAAGGAACGCUGUGAAUAUCUGAAAAGCAAACUGUCUCACAUCAAACAGAGGAUACAAGAAUAUGACAAAGUCAUGGAAUGGAAAGAUGGCAACAGCUAAAGCUCAGGCGAAAUCCACCUCUCGCCUGUUUGCAACCAAAAAGACAGGUUUUUCAGCUGCUGGCUCUUUUUCAGUCUGAACAGUAACUUCUGUCUGCAGCUUUGUUUUUAUCAUCUGCUCCUGAAGGUGACAUUGUUUCAUAUUUUUCUUUGUAUUAAUUUGUCUUUUAUGUUAGCAAAAAAAAGUACAAACCAGUGGACAGAUUUGAAUGAAACGUUCAAAAAGUAAUCAUUCAUCUACAACUGUAUAAAUUUUGGAGUGAACUUGCUUCAAGAUGGCUGCCACAUGGAACUUACCAUUAAAAAGCUCAAGAAUAGCUAUCAGUCAGUUCUACAAACACUGAACUAGAUUUUGGUGCAGUCCUUGUUGAGACAUCCUCAACACAUAGAACCAGAACAUCUCUUUAGAUCCUUCUUGGGAAUGUGUAAAAGGUAAUUUAAAAUGUCUAACUAAAGUGGCUAAAAUGCUGUCAUUACUAAUCAGAAAAUACACUGCCUGGCCAAAAAAAAAAAAAGGCCACAAUAUUUUUGUUGGAUCACCUUUACCUUUGAUUAUGGCACGCUUUCACUGUGGCAUUGUUUGUAAGUUUCUGCAGUGUCACAAGAUUUAUUUCCAUCCAGUGUUGUAUUCAUUUUUUACCAAGAUCUUGCAUUGUUGAUGGUAGAGUCUGACCACUGUACAAAGCCUUCUCCGGCACAUCCUAAAGAUUCUCAAUGGACUGUGGAGUCAAUCCAUGUGUGAAAAUCAUGCCUCAUGCUCCCUGAACCACUCACACAAUUCAAGCCCAAUGAAUCCUGAAAUAUGGCUGUGCCAUCAGGGAAGAAACAACCCAUUGAUGGAAUAACCUGGUCAUUCAGUACAUUCAGGUAGUCAGCUGACCUCAUUCUUUGAGCUCAUACUGUUGCUGUAAAAUAGGUGAAAAAGGUGCCACCUGGAUUUAACUGUAGCAGGUCUAGGUGACAACGUUUUGGGGCCAGACAGUGUAUGUGGUAUGCAUUUCUUCAAUAUAUGGAAGACUUUUAUUUUUUUAAGUUUUUAAAGCUCCCAAUAGAACAAACUUUAUAGAAAAAGUGAUAUUUGAUUUUUAAUUAGAAAAUUUAUUAUUAAUUUAUGAACAUAUGACUAUGAAUUUUUUUUCUACUGCUGUCAUUUACUUUAUGUUGCUGCUUUGUUUAGUUCAACUAAAUGACAUGAAUUGGUUAAUGUGACUCUGAGAAACCAUCCAAAUAUCAGCACAUUUAAGUUAAUAGUGCUUUUAAUGUUCCCUGCAAACACCAGCAUUUACCUGUUUUUGUUUAUUCCCAGUGGGAUGGGAUGAGAUGGUACCUGUCUAUCAGCUAGAAAGACAGGAGUGGCUGACAUCAACAUGCUGUUGAAUGUUGAACAGAAGAUACUCAGGAUGUCCCAAUCCCAUCACAAGUGUUGGAUCUUAUUACUGCUACUGUCUGUAGUUCUUUGUCAUCAGCUGUACCACAGUAACUGUUGUACUGUGUUCAUGAUACAGCACCCUCUAUGACCAUAGAGUGUAAGCCUGGAAAUAAAGAGCAUUUAAAAAUUCACUAAAAACCACUGGCUGUUGCCAAACACUACAUGGGCACAAUAGCAAUCACAUGCACUGAGAGGACUGGACUACACAGGAGUGACAACAAUCAGGCUAGAUAUUCACAGAUAAUUUAGUUUUCUCAUUUCCUCACCCAACAUGCUGCUGUGGAAACAUAUACAUUACAGGACUCAGGACUUGUCAGUACUCAUCCUCCUUGAUCUGAGCUCUGCCUUUGACACCAUCUCUCAUCCUAUCCUCAUCGACAGACUAACCUCUAUCGGUAUCUAAGACACCACACUGGACUGGUUUAAAUCCUAUCUUUCUGACCGCACUCAGUUCAUACAGCUCAAGUCCUUCCGUUCCCAGUCUUCACCCAUUUCCACUGGUGUUCCCCAAGGUUCUGUACUCGGGCCUCUACUUUUCAUAAUCGAUCUGCUUCCGCUUGGCCACAUCUUCCGUAAAUUUGGUAUCCAUUUCCACUCUUAUGCCGACGACACUUAGUUCUACAUUUCAUCAAAACCGAACUCCACCUUACUAUCCUCCACUCUUGCCGACUGCCUCAGUGAGCUCAAUAACUGGUUCGCCAGCAAUUUCCUCCAACUAAACCAUAACAAAACUGAACUCCUCCUUGUUGGGACAAAAAACUCCAUUUCCAAAUCCCAACAUCUUCUCUUCACACUUAACAACUUCGUUCUUUCCUCCUCGCCUCAGGUCACGUGACUCGAUCCACAUACUUUCAUUUGAUUGGGGCGGCUGUGGUAGAGUGGUUAGGGGAGUUGACCUGGAACCGGAAGGUUGCCGGUUUGAUUCCCGUCC